CUUUUCGCAAAUUCGGGCUUCUCUCCACCAUUAAAUUAAAUACGGCAUAUUUCUAGAACCAGAAAUUCAAAGGCACCCAUGCGAAAACAUAUCUCCGCCUCACCUUUGAUGAGUCGACUUCUAUAUUGCGGCAAUGCGCGGCAUAUAGCAAAAGUACUUCGUGCCAAUCCUCUACCUAAAGCAGCCCGCCAUUUCUCCGUGACGACAACACAUUCUCGCGGUGUCGACUGGAAGUCCACACCCCCAAGAGACAAAAAGAGGAAACCUGAGAGACAGAAAUCAAAUGAGCCCCUACAAGAAACACCUAACCUUGAAAAGUAUUCGCCUUUCGAGAAAAAAGGUGCGAAGCCAUUCAUGAGUGCGAAAGAGUAUCAAUAUCUUCAAGGGCCAGGUCUUAUUCACGGCGAUUUUGUCCGAAUUGACCUCCACAAGUCCGACCCUGUCUCCGACACAGUUCUCUCUUACGGACGCCUAAUGCCUUUGCACGCAACCAAAAUGGGGUCAAUCAACACCAACUCACCUCCCAAGGCCUUCUCCAAUCCAGGUACUGGCCCUCCCAGGAACCCCUACACCGGCCUCCCAAUCGUAACCCGUGCCCACCUGUCUGAGGCCAAUCUGAACAAGUCUGGCUACGCCAUUCGACAGGACGAUCACCACAGGGACAGACAUAGGGACAAGAUACGACCACCUUGCCUCGAGUCAGGCGGUGUACCUGAACCGACGUUCGAAUACCUGAAGUCAUCUAAAAUGCCACCUCUCCAAAACCCCCAGCCCCGCAAGAUUCUCGUCGUAAUUGAUCUCAAUGGCACCGUGCUCCAUCGUCCAAGCUUCCGAAACCCGAUUGCUUUUAUCGAACGCCCAUAUGGCCGCGAAUUUCUCAGCUACUGUAUCAACACGUUCAAGGUCGUCAUCUGGUCCUCCGCUCAGCCCGCCAAUGUACAGAAAAUGUGCAAUCAGCUGUUAACACGUAGUGACCGACAAAACGUUGUUAGUAUCUGGGGUCGUGAUCGCUUCGGGUUGACGGCAGAAGAUUUUGUUUCGAGGGUGAUGUGCUACAAGCGCCUGGAUUUGUUAUGGGAUGAUCCUAUAAUCGCUGGACAGCACCCAGAAGCUACUUUCGGCAAGAACUGGAGCCAAGAGGAUACGGUCCUGGUGGACGACUCGAUAGAGAAGGGGCGCAGCCACCCUUACAACCUCAUAUGUCUUCCCGAAUUUGUGGGAGAUCCGCAAGAACCCGGCUGCGUGCUGCCUCAAGUUCACGACUAUAUUAACGCAUGCGCUCGCUAUACCAACGUCAGCGCCUAUAUGCGAAACAACCCUUUCCGAGUUAACCCCGAUUUCAAACUAGAGGGAACUUCUUCACAACAAAUCUAACUAGUAGGAAAGAGGUGGGAGAUGAAAGAAGAGAUGUGAAGCAGCUGGCGCGCGAAGCAAGCCAGCAGAAACAACUCCAUUUUUAAACUAAAUAAAGCAGCCUCGACAGCCUCGACAACUUAUGUGCGUCAUUUCUUGGCGUCAGAAUACAGUCAUAAGCACCCCAAUCGAGUUCUGUGUACUGAAGAAAGGAGCCGAACCAAUGGACCUUUUUUGUUAAAAAGAAUAUUAAAAAAAUCGGAUGAAGUUUCUAACUCGUGAUGAUCAUUCAGGUCAUCAAUACUGCAUACUACAUGGAUCUUUCAGCAGCUCUUGCUCUUCCAGGUUCCCACGCCAAUCUUUGCUGUCGCGAGAGUCAGAAAGAUCGAGGGCUAUGAUACCUGCUUAUCUAGGUACCUGCCUAUGAGGGUAACUAGCAGAGUAGGAAGGUGUGUAUUUUUUUUGGAAGGCUGUAGCUUGGGCUUGAUAAAAUAAUACACUUGUAAAAAAAGGUAUUUGAGGGUAAUGACCGAUAAGUGUAAUGCGGUAAAGAUGUGAUGGUGUUAUGAGUAGGAUAGACAGACAAUGCAUAGAUCGUUCUGAUACCCCCUUCUCCCCCCUUUUCUUCAAUACCAUACGUGGACUGCUGUAUAUAAAUACCCAUUUACCUGGCUGAAACGUAAUAACCCAAAUUAUUUGCGGUA